AUGGUCCGUGACUUGACCUCCAACGGGCCCCCACUGGGCUACAACACGCCGCAGAACCCCUUUGUGUCCGAGUUGGACAACGAGCACGAUAGUCUCCUGAGAAACUCCAACUCCUCCUUCACCUCUCUGGACCAGGGAGAGCUUCUCCAACAAAACAACCCCCACAGUCCCAGAACACAGUACGGCGGCCGGUUUGCCGCCUCGCUGGGCUACUACUCGCAAAACGGCACCCUGGCAAACUUGUUGCUGGGCCAAAGCUCCAACGACCACACCCCCAACUUGGCAGUCAACGGCAACAACGUCGAGCCCGUGGCCCCUUCUGAGUACGAUCGGUACCCGCUGAUGGCGGGGUCGAGAGUGGUCUCGCUGACGUCGUUGGCCUCUCAAAUGAGACAAGAGUACCUGCCCAAAUUGGGUCUGGGACUGGGUACUCCCGACGACGACGAUCUGAUGAGACUGACCAACCCGUUUGUGUCGAACGUGGACUUCUCGCCGUUUGGCGGCUACCCAGCGCUGUCGUUCCCUCUCCACAUUGACGAGAAAGAACCUGAUGACUACUUGCACAACCCAGACCCAAUUGCAGACGCCGCCUACGAUAAGAACAGGUUCUGGUACGAUCUCAAGACCAUGGACAGAAGAGCGUUGGGAGGAGCACUUGGAGUGCUUUUUUUGUUGCUUGCAGGCGUGGUUGUGUUUGUGCUUUUGCCUGUGCUCUUCUACUCGGGAGCCACCACUCCUUACCACCCAGAAGUAUACGAGGUGUUGAGCCACUACAAGUACCCGCUCUCGAGCUCCAUCAGAACGUCGCUUGUGGACCCAGACACCCCCGAUGACGCCUUAUACAAGGAGAACAAGGACGGAGAAAAAUGGAAAUUGGUGUUUUCCGACGAGUUCAACGCCGAGGGCAGAACCUUCUACGACGGAGACGACCAGUUCUUCCAGGGCGUGGACAUUUGGUACUCAGGAACCCAGGAUUUGGAGUGGUACGACCCCGACGCCAUCACCACCGCCAACGGCACCAUGAUCCUGACGUUGGACGCAUACAAGAGCCACAAUUUGUUCUACCGCUCAGGCAUGCUCCAGUCGUGGAACAAGCUCUGCUUCACCCAGGGCAUGAUUCUCAUAUCUGCGCAGCUCCCCAAUUACGGCAACAAGGGCGGUCUCUGGCCCGGUCUCUGGACCAUGGGCAACUUGGGCCGUCCAGGUUAUAGAGCAUCCACCGAGGGUUCUUCGCCCGAUGGAAUCUCGUACUUGCCGGGCCAGAGAUUGAACGCAUGCACUUGCCCAGGCGACGACCACCCCAACCCGGGAACGGGCCGAGGAGCCCCCGAAAUCGAUAUCAUCGAGGCCGAAACAGACACAAACACCAUGAAGCUCGGGUUGGCGUCCCAGUCGUACCAGAUAGCGCCCAUGGACAUCUGGUACUACCCGGACUACAGCUUUCUCGAGAUCCACAACCACGAGGUCACCAGCGCCAACGUAUACACUGGAGGCCCCAUCCAGCAAGCUGUUUCGGGAGUGACCACCUUGAACAACACCUGGUACGAGCGGGGCGACGACGCAGGCAAGUACCAGGUCUACGGGUACGAGUAUCUCAACGACAACGAAAACGGCCACUUGACGUGGUAUGUGGGAAGCGACCCCACGCUUACAGUCCAUGCCAAAGCGCUAGGCCCCAACGGUAAUAUUGGGUGGAGACGCAUUUCCAAGGAGCCCAUGUCGAUCGUGAUGAACUUGGGUAUCUCCAACUCGUGGGCGUACAUCGACUGGCCCGAGAUGAUCUUCCCAGCACACCUUCGGGUGGACUACGUGAGAAUCUACCAGCCCGAGGACCAGAUCAACGUUACGUGUGAUCCAGAAGACUACCCAACGGUUGACUACAUUGAGAACCAUUUGGAGGCGUACAUGAACCCCAACUUGACGUUGUGGUCUGACACGAAGUACUCGACGCCCCGCAACAAGUUGGCCUACAACUGCUGA